AGGAGCCUCCCUGUCGGCCUUCAGGAGGGGCUGAAGGUGACUCUCCGCUCGGCUGGGAUGUGGAGGGAGCUGCUGGGAUAUCUUUUCUGAUCCUGUUCUGGGGAACAGUCACGCACCGCUGCGGGAGGGGGCUUUAGGCAUUAAGCAGGGGGGGGGAAAGAAAAGCCCACACCCAGCAGCGUCUGCGUGUCGUCUUCUUCUCCACAGAGGACACAGCAGCCACCAGAAAAGAGAGGGCAUCGCUCGCUGCGUCUGGCUCGGCUCCGGUGGUGGGUGUGCAUGCAUGUGUUCUGCACCGUAUGGGCGGAAAAAACGCCCAAGAUCCACAGGGAGCAUCUUUCCGCUCGGUAAAGCGGCGCAGACGGAGACGGAUCGCCGGGAGAGUACUGAGGGGGCUGUGGACGACAGCAGGAUGACUGUGCAGGAAUUCAACACCCUCGUAGCGCUGUACCGGGAGCAGGUCAUCUCCGUCGGCGAGAUCUCCGCCGACUGUCCUUCUCUGCGGGCUCAGAUGCACCACACACGGUCCAAAGGAUGCUCCAUGGCCCGGGCUGCGCACCAGGACCUCGCCGUCAUCUCUGUUUCGGGUCCAGAGGACGGGGAGAUCCAUCCCGAGAUCUGUCGGCUCUUCAUCCAGCUGCAGUGCUGCCUGGAGAUGUUCAUAACGGAGAUGCUCAAGUCGAUGUGCCUGCUGGGGGUGCUGCAGCUACACAGAAAAAGAACAGACUCGGAGCCAAGGGUGGAUUUCAGGCUGGACGAGAGCUCAGAUGUUCCCAUCCUGGAGGACCGAUCCUCUUCUCCCAUCGACUUUCCUCAGGAGCAGUGGCUGGUGGGAAAUGAUAUUGAAAACAUAGAGAGAGAUAUGCGAGAGAUGCGAAAUCUACUCAGCAAACUCAGGGAGACGAUGCCCUUGCCACUGAAAAAUCAAGAUGACAGCAGCUUGUUGAAUCUGACUCCUCACCCACUGAUAAGGCAGAGGAAGAGACGCUUCCCUGGACUCUGCUGCAUGGUGUCCGGCUAAGAGUGUGACAGAAAAGGACUUUCAUUUUAAUUUGUUUUAUUCAAUAAUGUAUAUUUAUUUAGAG